UAGACUCGAAUGUUGAGUGUUUACGUUUGUGUGAGGCUGUGGAGUAGCGGCGCCCCUGAGUGCCUUCCCUGAGUGCCUCCGUCCUCAGUGGUGGAGUGGCGACGCUGCCGCUGGUGGCAGCCUACCAGUAGUAGUAGUGGAGUGGGAGACCCAGGGAAGUCCUGGGGUGAGGCCUGAACAAGAUGUCUGUUGUGAUAGAAACGACAGUGGGGGACAUUACCAUAGACCUCUUCACAGACGCCAGGCCUCGGACAUGCAUGAACUUCCUGAAGCUGUGCAAAAUGAAGUACUACAACCUAAAUUUGGUCUUCAGUGUGGAACGAAACUUUAUUGCUCAAAUGGGUGAUCCAUCUGCAACUGGACGUGGGGGUGAAUGUAUAUUUAAGAAAAUGUUUGGAGACCAAGCCAGUUUUUAUGAAGGAGAGAAGCUGCCAAUAAUCAAGCACACACACAUUGGCACUGUAUCUAUGGUUUCAUGCGGCAGUCAUUUAUUUGGAUCACAGUUCUUCAUAACUUUGGGCGAAAACUUGGAUUCACUGGAUGCUGAACACUUGGUAUUUGGUAAAGUUGUUGAAGGAAUGGAGGUAAUCUGCAAGCUGAAUCAAACACUAACUGAUGACAAGAAUCGGCCAUACCAAGAUAUUCGAAUCUCCCAUACAGUUGUUUUAGAUGAUCCGUACCCAGAUCCAAAAGAGGUUGAAUUUCCUGACGAGUCUCCAAAACCUACCCGAGAUGUGUUUGAAUCAGAUUACAUUGCAGCUGAUGAGACUAUUGAUGACACGGAAGGUAAGACAAUGCUGGAAAUACAGGAAGAAAUAGAAGAAAGGGAAGCCAAAGCUAGAGCUACAAUCCUUGAAAUGGUUGGUGAUUUACCAGAUGCUGACAUGGCACCUCCAGAAAAUGUUCUUUUUGUAUGCAAGCUGAAUCCAGUUACAACCUCGGAAGAUUUAGAAAUUAUAUUCAGUAGAUUUGGGAAGAUUAAGUCAUGUGAGGUGAUACGUGACAGAAUAACAAAUAAUUCACUUCAUUAUGCAUUUAUAGAAUUUGCUGAAACAAAAUCCUGUGAAGAUGCUUACUUCAAGAUGGAUAACGUGUUAAUUGAUGACCGUAGAAUACAUGUAGAUUUUAGUCAGUCGGUUUCAAAGAUUAAAUGGCGAGGUAAAGGACGAGGAGUAGAGCUCUUUGAUGAUAGUGGACGACGAAUUGAUGAUAAAAGAGGUCAAAGAUAUGAUCCUACCAAAGAAUACAGUAACCAUUCAAAGAAUAAGAAUAAGAGUGUUGCAAAAGGUCAGCCUUCAGAAAAAGAGUCACGACACCUAGAUCAUGGACGACCUCAAGCUUUGGAGAGAGAGAGAAGAUCUCCUCACAGACAUUUGGAUGGCAACAGUAGAGAUAGACAUGAUGAAGCAAAACACUUGUCCAGGGAUAAUAAAAAUGGCAAGAAUAUACGACAAGACAAGACUGAAAGAGACGAGAGACACGAAUCUGCUAAGCGAAGCCAUGCCGAGAUAGAGGACAGUGAUGAUGUUCCAAGUGACAAAGAAGCUAGGGAUAAAAUGCUCAAACACCUGAAGAAGUCGCUUAAAAAGAAAAAAAAGAAAAAUAAGAAGCACGAUAGUGAUACUGAUAUUUCCAAUACAGAGAAGAAGAAAAAGAAGAAUAAAAAGAAGAAGAAAAGAAAGAGAGAGAGUCAAAAUGAGAAAGAUUCUGAUUCAGACUCAGAAUCAAAGAAGAAAUGCAAGAAGAGUAAAAAGAAAAAGAAGAAAAGGAAGAAGGAAAAUUCUUCAUCAGAUAGUUCUGAAUAACAUACUUUUGCAAUAAAACUUGAAUAAUCA